AUGGCCAACCGGCCGCCUGACAAUAAAUCCCCGUCAGGGCGUCCUGCACUCAUAGAAAGACAACCCAAAGCUGCUCCGGUGCAAUCUUCCACCGAUCUCCUCACCACUAGUCCUCCGCCAUUGCCACACCAUGCAUCCUUGAAACCAGAGGGCAAUCUGAGCAUGAGACAACAACAACAACAACAACAGCGUCCAAUCUCACCGAGGCCUGUCACUGUGAACAAGCGCAUCUCUGCUCUCGUUGGCAAUGCUCCUGCAAAUGCGAAUCGCAAUUCAGCCAUCUCCACCAUUUCCACUGCAUCCGGAAAAUCCAGGAGGAAAACUCAUGUUGGACCUUGGCAGUUGGGAAGGACUCUCGGGAAAGGUGCUACAGGACGUGUUAGGCUUGCAAAGCAUGCCUUGACAGGCCAGGUUGCUGCGAUAAAGAUCGUGUCCAAAAAAUCAGCCGCGUUGGUGCAAAGUGCUAGCAUGGCUCAGAUGGACAAAGAGGCUACAGAUCCGACAUCAGCGACCGGAUUCCGGUUGAUGCCCUUUGGCAUCGAAAGAGAAGUUGUUAUCAUGAAAUUGAUUGAGCAUCCAAAUGUGAUCAAUCUCUAUGAUGUGUGGGAGAACAGAGGAGAACUAUAUCUAGUAAUCGAGUAUGUGGAAGGCGGUGAGCUCUUUGACUAUGUUUCUUGCUACGGGGCACUCCCAGAAGAGGAAGCUGUUCGUCUGUUUCGGCAAAUUAUUGCUGGAUUAUCAUACUGUCAUCGAUUCAAUAUCUGCCAUCGAGACCUCAAACCUGAAAAUCUUCUUCUGGAUGCUGGACGGAAUAUUAAGAUCGCAGACUUUGGCAUGGCCGCUCUUCAGCCUACCGAUCGAUGGCUCAACACCUCAUGUGGCAGCCCUCACUAUGCCGCUCCAGAGAUCAUCCAUGGCAAACGAUAUCGAGGUGACAAAGCUGACAUCUGGAGCGUUGGAAUCAUCCUGUACGCUAUGCUGAAUGGGUUCCUACCUUUCGAUGGAGGCGAUCUGGCUGCCACUCUACGAUUGGUGAAGAAAGGCGAAUAUCACCUUUCUGACGCACUGAGUGAAGAAGCAGCUGAUUUGAUACAGCGCAUUCUUCAGAAGCGCCCGGAUGAUAGAAUAUCAAUGAAUGCGAUUUGGGCUCAUCCACUGAUUAGAAAAUACGAAAAAUACCAUCAGAGCAUUGCACCAAAUGGAGUGCUCGUUGGACCUCCACCACCGCUAAGUGCAAAGGACUGCGGGCCUCCCAUAGGCAAACGCAGUGAUAUUGACCCAGAAUUGCUUCGAAAUCUGCAAACUUUGUGGCACGGUGUCAGACAAGAAGAUUUGGUGAAGCGACUUCUAAGCACAGAACCUAAUCACGAGAAGCUAUUCUACAACGCGUUGAUCAAAUUUCGCGUUGAGCAACUGGAAAAUUACCCUGGUGUACCCCUUGAGUACUCGGCUAGCGACUACCACCACGUCACAAAGCCAAUACCAACAUCAAAGCAUGUGUCCGCGCCCCCAUCCCGAAACCACAAUCGGCGGCGGUCUCAAUUUUCAAUCGUCAGCGAGGACAGCGGUAAACAGGAUAGCUAUUAUAAAGACCCUGUCACGUCCGCAAGUACCGUGACAAAAGAAAGCUACGACCCCUAUCGUGCAUCGCGUACACCCCUCGUAAACAACAAUGCGGACCAUGUUACGGUCGUUGUGCGCCAAGGAUCAGGCGCUUCGCGUACACGAAAAGCUGGUCAUGCUGCCAGCUUGAGACAUGCCGCUAUCAGCAGACUGCACCCACAAGCACAUGCCACAACUCCCGUCCCAUCCAAGGAGUACGUUAAAUCUACUCAGUACAGGGGACAUUCUAGUGGUACCGACCGCUCCCGAAGCUCCUUAGCCAGCAGUCGACGUAGCGAGGCUCGGAUACGGAAGUCUGUUAGCUACAAGAGACAAGUCAGUUUCCAGCAUAUUCGUCAGAGAUCCUCCGGCAACUCCUCAAGGGUGAGAGACGCCGUGCAUCUCGUUUCGUCGGACACUGAAUCAUUCAAGGGUAACAAUUCGAGGCAGGGGCUUCCGGAGAGCCAAAGCACUCCAAGCCUUCCUACACCUCCUCGUGUUUAUCGGUCUAGAAAACCAGCCUCAGACUUAGAUAUCCAGAAAGCCCGAGCUGUAAGCAAUUACUGGAAAGACGAAGCUCGAAAAGUGAGCUCCGAGCUGGGUAAGAUCUGCGAAGAGGCUUUCAAUCGUUCAUCAGUCUCAUCCAGUAAUGUGAGUCAAAAGAACGUUGAAUCGCCUGCCACCUCCGUUUCUGUUCAUGGAGAGAGCGUGGCGGUUCCACUUAGCAAUCAGCUGAAGAAUCGACCUCUGCCGCAGCCACCCGCAGAAUCACUGGGUUCGUACACGCUGCGUGAGCUCGCAGAAACACGCAGAAGGCUUCUUGAGCAUUGUCGGAAUGCUGAAUCCAAUACGGUGCCAGCGUAUUUAAGUGAGGUCAUUGCUCACCUCGAUCGGCUGAUGCAGCCAGCAAUGAAGUCGGAGGAGUCCAAACGUUCGGCAUCAGACCCUCAUCCAGCCUCUACGAAGAACUCUUCCCAUCUUGCUGCUAUCAAUGAGGAAAGCUACAUGCUUGAUGUUUCGCAGCAAGCGCAAUCCAACCGUUCAGCCUCAGAUCCACUAAAGUCAGCGAAGCAGAUCUCUUUCCAAGAUCCAAGCAAGACUAUUCGCCUUGUAUCUCCCGAGGCCGCUUCGCACACACAGCUUGCCCCUAUUCAACCUCUCAAAAUUCGCAAAAAGAGCCUAACACCAGUUAAUUCCCUCCGAGGAACUUCCACUGAUUCGUUACGUAGCACAAUGGACAGAUCCGGCUACGAUCCAAGGCUCUAUGGUGGUCUUGAUACUAUCGAGGAACAUCCUAAAUCGCCAAAGAAUAGAGAUCCACUCGCAAGCCCAGGAGGGACGAGAAAAUGGUCGUGGUUCAAACGGCAGUUUGAGUCUCCCGAUGAGAUCCCUCCAGCUCUUCCAAUGAAGGAUUCACCUCCCAGGCGAGAGAAAUAUCCCAGGCUUGAAGCAAGCGGGAGCCAAGCUAGCUCUAAUGGCCUAAAGGCGACAUCAAAUUCGACAGACGAUAUGGACGAAGCUGUGGAGGCCCAUCCAACUGUCGAGACCAAGAAGAAAUGGUUCUCUAAGGUGUUUGGUAGGACCAAUAAGAGCAUCGUCCCCUCUGCCGCAGAACAUAUGGUUAUACAAGACGCAGCAUCCGAAACAGAUUCGAAUGGUGCCUCCACCGACGAUCUUCUCGCCGAGCCUCGCGGGCAGCUGCCGACGAAUCCGAAUACUUCCAGGGCAAACGAGCAGGGACUCAAUGAGCCAGGACCAGUAACUGCUACGACCGAGUCUUCCAGCUCCGCUCGUCCUGUUCACAUCAACCAGAAUUGGUUUGCUAAGUUCUUUCACAUCAAACCGGCAAGUAGGGUGAUCUCCUUGUCCGUGAGCAGAGCCAAGGCAAGAAGAGAAAUCGUCAAAAUACUAAGGGAUUGGAAUAAAUAUGGUCUAAGAGACGUGAUCAGCGAACGUAGCGGCGGAGGUGAUUUGAUAAGAGGCAGAGUCGACUCAAUGAAUUAUCUGCACUUGAAACCAGUCAACUUCCAUGCUCAUCUGUUCACUGUUCUGGAACGAGGCCGCAGGUGCAACCUCAGUGUCAUCCGCUUCACUCAAGAACGUGGUGCAGCAAGUAGUUUCUACAAGGUUGUCGAGACUUUGGAGGCUGUCCUAAAGGAGCGAGAUUUCCUGGUCACAGAAUUGACGAGGAGAAAAGGCAUUGAGAAGGGCAUGAAAGAAUCUGGCCUUUGA